AAUUUCUCAUGCCAACACACAAUUUACUAAUUUAGCACCAUUUCACGUGGGGGUGGCCACCAACAAAGCCACAAUCACUCCCGAAAAGAAAAGAAAAGAAAAGAAAAAAAAGACCACAAUUAUACCAAUCACAACAAUGUCCCAAUCAGAAAAAAUCCAUGAAAUAAUAACACCACCACGUAGGCAUCAAUUAUCAGACAAUCUCAUUAGUAAUUCCACCACCCACAGGACACAAGCCCGCACCGCUCGUUGGAUUCACCUCGAUAUUCCCUCGAACGCUUUCCCUGUUUUUCCUUCCGACCAUCUGUUCGACAAAAAGCGUGACCCAACUCCACACACGCUUAUUAUUAUUCUACUAUUCCCCCACCUCUCCGCUUCCUCUCUCAUAUCAUUUGUCAUGUCCCCUUGUCCCUCUUUUAAUCCUCUGCCGGCCUAAAUUCUCUCAAAAUUAGAUUAUCUGAAGGGGUCAAACCCGAAGUUAUAGCAAUGGGCCGUGGGAUAAAGCUCGAAAAUUUGUGAAAACGAUGCUUUUCUCCGCCGGUUGCGUGUCUUGGCUUGUGGGUUCUCUAUAUGUAUGUUUUUUUUGGGAGUGUAUUAAAGUAACGUGUGGAGUAUGGACCAUGCUGUUGCUGUCUUGUGUCUUGUAGGGGAUAUCAAGAGCAGUGAGCUAGUCUUUUUGUGUGCAAGAAUUACUGGGGACUCAGUGGCUUAGCUGUAAAGUGGUGCGAGAAAGGGAAAGAGAGAACCCUGAACGUAAAAAUGAUUACUUUGAUUGAUUUGUGCUCAGAAUUUACUUAAUUUUGGAGGGGUGAUUUGGGUUUGACUCAUUUUGACUCUGUUCUUGUGGUUGCUAUGGUUGGUGGCCUGCCCUGACUUUAUUCUUUAGGAUGGGGUUUAUUUAAUUUAAUCUGGUGAUAGGACUUAUCUGGUCCUCUGAUGCUUCUUAUUCAAUUCAAAAGAGAGCGAAAAACAGAGGAAGAGAGUUAAAUUGGACUGAACUGAUUGACUAAUUGUUCUUAUAGAGGAGAAGGUCUGUUGAGUCCUCAGGGGGGGCAUUGAUAUGGCUCCUGCAGCAAAAGUUACUGGUUUCCGCCGUGAAGGCAAUGACUGUGCCUCCAUUAUUACGCAUGAUUGGGAUCAAGGAAUAGGAAUUCAGUUGUGGCUCUUAUAGCCUGAUUGUCCUUGGGUUCUAUAAUGCAACUCUACCAAGUGACAUAACUGUGGUGGUAGAUGGUGUUAACUUCCAUCUUCACAAGUUUCCACUGGUAUCAAGAUGUGGGAGGAUUUCCAACAUAAUCGAAGAAUCUGAAGAAUCCACUGAUGGGAAUUUCAUCACAACUUUUGAAGACUUCCCUGGUGGCAGUGAGACAUUUUUGGUCAUAAUAAAAUUCUGUUAUGGUGGGCGGGUGGAAUUUACAGCAAGAAACAUAGUAAUGGUAUAUUGUGCAGCGGACUACCUUGAAAUGACAGACGAGCAUGGAGAAGAUAACUUAUUGUCAAAGUCAGAAGGUUUCUUCCACAAUAAUGUUUUAAAGAACUGGAAGGAUUGCCUUUUGGCUCUCCAAAGUUGUGAACCAGUAAUUUCAAGAGCAGACAAGCUGCAAAUUGUCAGUAGAUGUUUAAAUGCUGUCUCUGUGAUGGUUUGUACAGAUCCUAGUCUCUUUGGAUGGCCUAUGUUGAUGUAUGGUAGUUUACAGAGCCCUGGGGGUAGCAUUCUAUGGAAUGGAAUCAAUACAGGUGCAAAGAUCCAAAGUACCAUGGAAUCAGACUGGUGGUAUGAAGACAUUUCAUAUCUGAGUGUGCAUUUGUUUGAGAGGUUGAUUCAUACAAUGGAAGGAAAAGGUAUAAAACCAGAAAAUUUAGCAGGUGCUAUAAUGCACUACUGCAGAAAGUACCUUCCUGGUUUGGGCAGAUGGCAGGGUGGACAGAGUGGUAAACCCAGAACUGUUGCAAGUUUCAGCAUGACUCCAGCUGCCGUUGACCAAAAGGUUCUUUUAGAAAGUGUUACAAAGCUGCUCCCUGAAAAAAAGGGGACAUUGUUUUGCCGAUUUCUGUUAGGGCUUCUACGAGUAGCAUUGAUAUUGGGUGUCAAUCAUACAUGUCAGGACUCUUUAGAGAGAAGAAUAGGGGUGCAACUGGAUCAAGCUACUCUAGAUGGUCUACUGAUACCAUGUUACUCAGACUCUGAUACAUUAUACAAUACUGAUUGUGUAGAGCGAAUGAUUCAUCAUUUUAUGUCUUCUGAAUCGAGGCUAACUUCUCUAUCCCCAUCAUCUUUUGAUCUAGAAACAUCUCCAUCAUCAGGACCAUUGAAGAGAGUGGCAAAGUUGGUAGAUGGAUACAUUGCUGAGGUUGCUUCUGAUGUGAACCUGAAACCCAACAAAAUGCGUUUGCUUGCAGAAGCCUUGCCAGAAUCUUCAAGAUCUUUGCAUGAUGGAUUGUACCGAGCGCUGGAUAUUUACUUAAAGGAACACCCUUGGCUUCCUGAGAAAGAUAAGCUAUGCAACAUUAUUGACUUUCGGAAGCUGUCCAUUGAUGCUUGUGCUCAUGCAUCUCAAAAUGAAAGGUUGCCACUCAGAGUUGUUCUUCAAGUGCUGUUCUUUGAGCAGUUGCAGCUGAGGGCAGCUCUUGCCGGCUGCCUCCAUGUCUUGGAUGCUGAAACUGCUCCUCCUGUUCCAAUGACUGUCCCGAGUGACAUGGCGGGUCAGAUUCUCCAGAGAGAUGGGUGGAUGACAGUUGCUCGUGAGAACCAGGUAUUAAAAGUAGACAUGGAAAGGAUGAGAUCUAGAGUUGGAGAGCUUGAAGAAGAAUUCACUAAAAUAAAGCAAGAGAUGAAAAGGGUGGCAAAGUCAUACAGCUCUAUCAGUUCUCCUCGUUUCAUUGCAAGGAGGAUGGGAUGCAAUCUGCUUCCCCAGUCUUCAGAAGCUCAAACAGAUGUUGUUGAAAGUACAGCGCCUACUCCUAGGGCAUCAGGUGAGCAUGGAAGACUUUCCCUUCAGUCAAGACACCGCAAAAGUUUCUCUUUGUUUUGAAAAAUCGUGACAUUACCAAGUCUUCUUAGAUACCCUGAUAGUAACCCUGGAAGGUUGGGUCUGAGCUCGUUUCUCAUGAUAUAAUGUGUAUAUUGAGGUGCCAAGUCAUUCGCUGUCAAGAUGUUCUUUGACUUUUGAAGGCUUGAAGGAGGUACUGAUUUGGUGAAAUAUAAUGCAAUUUUCUUGGAAAAGGAAGGAAGGAUAAUUUGAAGACAAAUUAGUAUUCGUUCUCAAAAAGUUUGGCUGACAUUCCGUUCUCAACAUUAGUAUAGGCGAGUAAAUACAUUAAGUCGACUCUAGAGAGGGAAAAAAGGAGGUAUAUCAUUUAUAGUUUUCAGAUUCUUUUGGGUUCAUACAUGUACAGCUCCAUUUGAUAGGAUGUGAUUUUGUAAGCAGGUGAAAUUUUGGUUGAUUUGGACAGAAACUCUGUCCAAGUCAAUUGAUCCCUAUGUCUGAAAUGUAGUAACAAUCUAGUGACAUGUUCAUCUCAUGAAAUUUUCAGAUUAAAAAAGUAAAUAGUCAAGCUGCUUAACCCAUGUAAA